CGGGUGCUGGAGCUGUACAGCGGCCUGGGCGGCAUGCAGCAGGCGCUCCGAGAAAGUCGCAUUCCGGCAGAAGUCAUAGCUGCUAUUGAUGUAAACACCAUUGCUAAUGAGGUGUACAAGCAUAACUUUCCCAACACCCAGCUGUGGGCAAAGACGAUUGAGGGGAUUUCAUUGAAGGAGUUUGAUAGGUUGUCCUUCGAUAUGAUAUUGAUGAGCCCCCCAUGCCAGCCAUUCACCAGAAUUGGCCUUCAGGGUGAUGCAUCUGAUCUGAGAACAAAGAGCUUUCUGUAUAUUCUGCAUAUCCUACCGAGGCUCCAAAAAUUGCCCCAGUAUAUUCUUUUGGAAAAUGUCAAAGGAUUUGAAGUCUCUUCCACCAGAGACCUCUUGGUGCAAACAAUAGAAAAAUGUGGAUUUCAAUAUCAAGAAUUUUUAUUAUCUCCGACAUCUCUUGGCAUACCAAAUUCAAGACUGCGAUAUUUCCUGAUUGCAAAGCUUCAGUCCAGUCCGUUUCCUUUUCAAGUCCAGGGACAGAUACUGACAGAAUUCCCCGAAGUUGGAUCUGGAAAUUCGCAGAGGUGUACAGUUGCAGUUACUGGGGGAGAAGACGGGUCUGCUGGGCACUGUAGGGAGAAGAAGAUGGAGCCAAAAUGUCAUUUGGCUGACAGCACGCCGUGCUCAGGAAGAGAGGCUGUUCUUUUUAAACUUGAAACUGCGGCAGAAAUGCAGAGAAAGCAGCAGCAGGACAGCAAUCUCUCUGUUCAGAUGCUGAAAGGUUUUCUGGAGGAGGACAAGGGUCUGAGUCAGUACUUUCUGCCGCCAAAGUCGUUACUGCGCUACGCCCUCCUGUUGGACAUUGUCAAACCCACCUGCAGGCGGUCCACCUGCUUUACUAAAGGGUAUGGAAGCUACAUAGAAGGGACAGGAUCUGUGCUGCAGACUGCUGAGGAGGUCCAGAUCGAAGAUGUGUACGAGUCCCUGGAAACACUGCCAGAAGAGGAGAAGCUGAGAAAGCUAUCAACUCUAAAACUACGAUAUUUUACCCCCAGAGAAAUAGCCAAUCUUCACGGAUUCCCCCCCGAGUUCGGAUUUCCUGAGCAGAUAUCAAUGAAACAGCGAUACCGCCUGCUUGGGAACAGCCUGAACGUACUGGUGGUGGCCAAACUGAUCACAAUCCUGCUGGGGUCAUCCGGAAAUGACUCAGAGUGAUGGAAGAGAUGACUGCAUUCUGAGUUUGGCAGAAGAUUUUCGGGGGAUAAAGCUUUCCUGUGACGGAGAUGUUUCGUUGCGAUGAUUUGGAAUUUGUAGAGUCACUGUACAUUGAAUUGUAUAAAUCUCCCUCCUCUAGUCCUUUAUUAACAUUUCAUGUUAUCAAAUCCUGUUAUCCUGUCAGUUCUACCUUCACAGUAUUGCUAAAAUCCACCCGUUCCUCUCCAUCCAAACUGCUACUAUCCAGGGCUGUUGAUAUUUGCCAAUCAAUGCGCCAGAUAUAAUGGAAAGAUGUUUGCCUUGAGGAAAUAAGCUGAAAGUUUGGAGACUGUCACACAGAACUGUUAAUCAUUCAAAAUCCCAAGACAGGCUCCCCACAUCAAUAUUCCAGCAAGGCCUCAGGAAAGAAGCUGCUUUUCUUACACUUGUAACUUAGAUGACUUGCAAAGGGUAAAUGUUUUAUAAAUAAAGACAGGCUAUUUUUAAGUACUCCUCUGUCAGUUUUCUCUUUGACAUUUGUUUUCUCUGCUAAGGAAACUUUCAGGCAUUUGGUUGUACCAAUUUAUCAUUUCAUUUGUUUUUCACAAUUCAAAUUGCCUGUGACUUUUCAGAGAAAUCAAUAGCUUCUUCAGCCUCCUCAGACACCUCGAAUAAAUGGCAGCCCCAGUCCCUGGUGGGAAGUUCAUGUGAUUCAGUUCUCUACUGUCUGAUCGUUUUAUCUUUGCAAACUUUCUAAAAGGCAGAGCCUACAGAGGCCCCUUGAUGGGCUCUACCUAUUUUUCAUUAACUUGCUAGGAGCAACUGGUAUUUUUCUUCCUCUCUGUGUCUUCUGAUUACAAGCUGGGCGGUUUCAUAAGUUCAGUAACAUUGCCUAAACAGUCCUACCUGGAUGAAACCUCCAAGUAAACGUCUUCCCAACUACCUUGUCCACCUCCUGUUUUUUCGAUCACCAUAGAGAGCAGUACCAUCCUCCUGUCUCACAAGCCUAUAACCUUGUCAUCGUCUUUUUUUAUGGCAUUUGUUAAGCUUUUACUUACUUUGUGCUGGGCAUUAUACUAUGCACUGGAAUAUAUAGAAGAUAAUGAGGUUGGACACAGUCCCUGUCCCACAUAGAACUCUGUCUUAA